AUGGUUCAUCGUGGUCAAAACGCUAAUGACGUGUUGGCUCGAUUGCAUGUCAAUCAAAUUGGUGAAUGUUAUGAGGUUAGGAGGAUUGUUAAAGAUGUUUUUAACAGGGUUGGAUUCAAUAUGGGUUUUACGAAUCGACCCUAUUUUGUCUCUGCUUUCUCUGCUAUUGUUCGAAUGGCAGAAGUACCUAGAAGAGUGAAGAAUCCUAAGAUAAUUACAAAAUUCACUGGAGAAGUUGGCGAAUCAACUACUGAGCAUAUUGCUAGAUAUUUAGUUGAAAUCGAAAAUCUGGCGAAUGAUAAGAAUUUGAAAAUGAAUUUUUUUCCUUCUUCGAUAACAAAGAAUGCAUUUACUUGGUUUUCAAAUCUUAGGCCUAAUUCGAUGACGAGUUGGGCACAGUUAGAGAAUGCUUUUCAUGCUCAGUUUUAUAGAAGAGAGUUAAAUUUAGCGGUUACCGAUCUAGUGGCUUUGAAACGUGAUGAUGAAGAGUCAAUGGAUGAUUACAUGAUUCAUUUCAAAAACACUUGA